AUGGGCUUCCCUUCAAUUUCUAAAUUUUUGUUUGGUCCUUUGGUCCCUGUUCUUAGGAUAGAAGGAAUUAUUACUCCAAACACUACAAACUCUAUUGGAAAUAAGCUUAGAAAAAUUAAUACCAGUCGUACUGAAGGUUUAGCAGUUGUUUUAGAUUCAAGAGGCGGUUCUACAGGUCAAUGCUAGACUAUUAGAAAUUAACUAUUACAAUUUUCCAAAGAUAAUAAUAUUCCUCUCUAUUGCUUUGCUGAAAACUUUGCUACUCAUGGUGCAUACUACAUUCUUAGUGCUGGAAAUACUAUCUAUGUUAAUCCUACCAGCAUAGUAGGUAAUGCUUCUGAACCUUAAGCAGAUAUAGAUUUCUCUUAAUUUUUACUUAAGAAUUAAAUCGAAUCUAGAAUUAUAGCUUCUAAUCCAUUAGUUAAUGAAUACAGAUUCAACUGGGCAAUAAAGGACAGCGAAAAAGAUAAAAAGUUUAUUUAAGAAAUUACUGAUAGAAUAAGCAAAUUGAUUUUAGGAGAUAUUCAAGUUUCAAGAGGAAAAAAUUUGAAAGUUAAUGAAGAACUCUUGACUAAAGAAUAUACAGGAAAAUAGGCUAUAAAUAAUGGUUUAGCAGAUUAAUUUGGUACUUACGAAGCCAUUUUAGCAGAAAAGUUCCCUUUAGCUAAGUUAGACCAUACAUCUCUUACUCAAUUUAGUUUUAUUAGUUCCUACUAAUGGAAUUCAAGAUUUGGUAAAGCAAUUCCUCUAUUCUUACUGCUUUCUUUGUUCAGUUUAAAAGUAUUCAUAAAGUACACCUUGAUAAUUUAAUCUUAUUUACUUGUUUCUUCAUAAGAAGAGGGCUAAGAAAAAGAAAAAAAGGUAUAACAUUGA